AUGGAAACUUCUAGAAACUCACCCAACUCAUCAUCACUCUUCCAAUGGUUAGGUCUUAUAGAAGAUUCUGAUCUUCAGCCUCCUGAUUCCACCCCUCCUCGAGUCAUCACCCUUCUUGCUUCUGUUCUUGAGAAGAUGAUUGAAAAGAACGAGAAACCAUUCCACAGAAGACAUAACAAGAACGAUGAGAUCACUAUGUUCCAUGGCUCAAGAGCACCAUCCAUGUCCAUUCAUCGUUACAUAGAGAGAAUCCAUAGGUACGCUCAGUGUAGCCCUGCGUGCUUCGUUGCAGCCUUUGCUUACAUCCUUAGGUAUCUACAGAGACCAGUGGCUACAAACACAACUCGUCGUCUCACAUCACUCAACGUUCAUCGCAUUCUUAUCACCAGUCUCUUACUCGCAGCCAAAUUCUUGGACCGCAAGUGUUAUAACAAUGCGUAUUAUGCGAAAAUCGGAGGAGUGAGCACUGAAGAGAUGAAUAGGCUUGAGAGAAAUUUCUUGUUCGAUAUUGAUUUCAGAUUAAAUAUUACAACAGAGAAUUUCGAGAAACAUUGUCUCAUGUUGCAGAGAGAAACGGUGCCUUGUGAUUCAAGAAAACUUAGAACAGUUCUUGGUGAGUUAGCUUGUAGCUGCCAAGCGAUUUAA